GUCGCGCACAGCGCCCCGAGCCCAGGCGCCUCCCCGCCCCCUUUCCGCGCUCCGCGGCGGCGGCGGCAGCAGUAGCAGCAACAUGGCUGUUGAUGGGUGUUCGGGGUGGCGCUGGCGGCGGGAGGAGCUCCCCCGAGCCCCUGCGCCGGCCGCCCGUUGCUAGCUAUGGCAAAUGGUGGCGGCGGCGGCGGCGGCAGCAGCGGCGGCGGCGGCGGCGGAGGCAGCGGUCUUAGAAUGAGUAGCAAUAUCCACGCGAACCAUCUCAGCCUAGACGCGUCCUCCUCCUCCUCUUCCUCCUCCUCUUCUUCCUCCUCCUCCUCUUCCUCCUCGUCCUCGGUCCACGAGCCCAAGAUGGAUGCGCUCAUCAUCCCGGUGACCAUGGAGGUGCCGUGCGACAGCCGGGGCCAACGCAUGUGGUGGGCUUUCCUGGCCUCCUCCAUGGUGACUUUCUUCGGGGGCCUCUUCAUCAUCUUGCUCUGGCGGACGCUCAAGUACCUGUGGACCGUUUGCUGUCACUGCGGGGGCAAGACGAAGAUGUAAGAGCCAUCAAAACCUGAAGAGUUGGUGUCAUGAGGCUAUCUCUGUCUUUCCCAGCCAGGCGUCAGUAUCAGGGCGGAGAGGGGACACCUGGAAUAGCUGCUGCCAGGCAUUGGUGAGUUGUGUGUGCCUCAUAAAUUGGAAUAGAUUCAGAAGACCCCUCCUACCCGCUGGUAUUGUGAAAUGUGUGCAGGAUGGCCUCUCUCUCAGUGCCCACAGGACAGGAUAGUUCUGAGGAGAAGCCAAGUUAGCUUCUCAGUGGCAUUGAUCUUGUAAACAGGAAGACAAAGGCUGGGCUUCUGCCACAUUCCUUGCUCAGUGCUCAGCACUGCCUGGACCUAAACAUUAACAUUGUGUCUGCCACCUGCCUUGGCUGUGGGUCCAAAUAAUUUGCUGCCUCCCUGGACCAGCUUGAACUUGGCCAUGUCCUUGAAGACCAAAAGGUUGCCUUGAGGUCCACGUGGUUUCUGGUUGAGUCACUGACAAAAUGGCUUUGGUGCUUCCCAGGGCCUGUGGGGUCAUACCAUGGUGAUGACCUCCAACAAUAAACAAACCAUUGGGAUUAGAUGGUGGCCUCCAGAGUCCUGCUGACUCCUGUCUUGGAACCAAAUGCAGGAGCUGCUUCAUCCUGGAGCUGAUGGCAAAAUGCUGCCAGUAGAUACAUUGCUGCCUAACUUAUGAAAGGAGAGCAAAUGUAUACUUUGAGGAUGGGAGGGUUAGGUGGUUCCCACUGAUGGCAUUAUUUGUGCUUGGUUGGCUGAAUGGUAGGGGCCUGCUUCCUCCUUCAUUGUGCUAAACAUUUAUGGAGUGAGUAUCACACACUAACCAAUAUCAUAGAUUUGGUUUGAAGAUUCAUUCAAUUGCAGCUAUGAUUUUUAAUGAUACUUUAAAGAUGUUCUUUCUUUCACCCAUGUGGUUUUGAUUGGGACAGAGGUAAUGUUGGUGGCUGGUGUCCUUGAACACAAGUAUUUUGGUCCAGCAUGGGACCUUGGGCAGAAACUUCACAUGUGAGCCUCAGUGGCCUUCUUUGUCAGAUCCUUACCUCUCAGAUGUGAGAAUCUCCAAUGAGAUCAUGUUUUUGAAUACAUUUUGAAAAGGUAGAAAGGGUCGGGCAGGAAAGCCAUGCAGUCAACCCUUCCUGUGCAGGAAGGGCUGGGAUGAAGUCUCAUCUUUGCUUCAUAGAUGAGAAAAUUGCCCUUGCUCAGUAGGAGAAACCUUUGACCAUCUCAUUCUGGGAGAAUCAUUAGGUACCCAUCAUGGCUAUCUCCAGGUUAGGUCAUUUGACAAGCAGUUUCAUGCUUGUAGCCUGGGUGGCAGACCAGUGAAGUGGAGUAGAGUGUUGGUGCCACCUGGGUUCUGUCACCUACUGAGACUGUAUGACCUUGAGUGAGGGUGUGUGUGUGUGUGUGUGUGUGUGUGUGUGUGUGUGUUUUAAUACCUACAAGGGUGGUAAUGAGAAUUAAGUGAAGAAAAUUAUGUUGGGUGCUUGGAAAUGCUAAAUCAAUCCUACCUCCUGCUCUUCUUCCUAUGCCUUUUAGUUGGUCUCAUUACUUUCUGUAACAAAUAUCCUGGGGGCAUUCCACCUCCACUUAAAUACCCCUGGGAUUAGGGAGCUCACAGUCCCCUGAGGCAUCCAUUCCACACUGGAAUCACUGCACAUGAACCUUAAGAUAUGUGAAGGAUGGUGAAGUAUUUACACUGAAAUAAUAAGUCAUUCAUCUUGAGAAAAUGUAUCAGCUUUCUUUCCUUGUUGGAUGAUUUUUCAUGACAUGGAGAUGGGUUGGCAGUGACUUUUCUCUGAACUUGAUGGCCCCUUCAUACUGGGGAAGGCCUGUGGUGUUUUAGGGACCAGUGAGAGCUUGGGAUGGGGGAGGACUUUAGUGUAGGAGUUACAGAGUAGGAGAGGACGGGUGUACAUGGAGGAAGGGACAUUAGGAGGGUUCUGGGAGCUGAAGGGGGAGUGACAUUAUGUCUGGGGUCACAGGCCUUGCUCCUCAGCACCCUGAAAUUCAGGAUUUGGCUAGCAGCAUCCCAGCGCUUUGCAGUCCCCUAUCAAAACAGAUCAAGGAUAACAGCUUUGCAAUGAUCUAUUUGUUAGGAAAGCAUUAAGUAUUAUCCAGUCAUAUUUCAUGAUAAACUAUUGCAAACUUGGCAUAAGAGAACUUCCUUCAUGAGAUGACAGAUAGUUAUAAAAUGUAGAGUAAAUGUUAUUCCUUAUAGCCGAUCAUGAGGUGCAUUCUGUGUUAGUUAGCUUUGCAUGACUGUGAUAAAGUACCUGAGGUAAUCAAGUUAAAAUGAGGAAAGGUUUACUUUGGCUCCCAGUUUCAGAGGUUUCAAUCCAUGGCUACUUGGUCCUGUUGCUUUUACCUGCAGUGGCACAGCAAGCACAUCAUGGUGAGAGUGUAUGGUGAAGUCUGUUUCCCUCAUGGUGGCUAGGAAACAAAGAGAGCAAGAGGAGGUGCCAGUGUAUUCAUAGCUCCUUUGAAGACACACCCCCAGUGACCUAACUUCCUUCCACUAGGCUCCAUCUCCCAGAGUUUCCAACUAUCAUUAUCACCACAGGCUGGGAACCAAGCCAUUAACUCAGGCACCUUCAGGGGAUACUAAGAUUCAAACUACAGCACAUUCCAUUCAAGUUAAGAAUAUUACACCACUUAUUCUUUUCACCUCUCUUAUUCAAAUUGAAACACAGGUCUAUGAGACUAGGUAAACAAGAGAGGCAUACAAAUCGGAGAGGAUGAGACAGUAGUGUCUUUAUUUGCUGGUGAUCUCGUCUUGUGACUGGAAGAAACCCUAGACUCUCAAUCUGUAAAUUAUUAGGAGCAACAGAGGUCUGGCAGAUGGCCACAGGUCAAAUAAAAAAACGCAUGGCUUUCUAUAUAUGCAAGUAGCACCAUGCUACUCUCCUGUUCUACAAUUAAUAUAUGCUAAUAAAAAAAACCUAUAAAAAUGGAUGGCUUUCUAAUAGACCAACUGCAACGAAAUGGAAACUCAGUGAGGACACAAGGCUGUAUGUAGAUUGGGGUUUUGACGUAAUCUAGCGUCUGGGGGUGGAUCCAGGGUGUUCAAGCACUGUCACAUACAUUGAGCCCACUGGGCAAGACAGACAACUUCAUGGUGAUUUUUUACAGAGGAGGAGCUUGUGGCCUGGAGCCUUUUGAGCAACCUUGCCCAAGGUCACUCAGUGAGGAGAUACAACUGUGACCUCCCCAUUCACUGCCGUUCUUUAGAUCUUACUGUCGGCCUCCAGCAAUGCAUCUCGUCCUGCCAGUUUUUGGGUAUCCAUCUCCAAUAGUGGCCAAGCUGGUGGGAGGAACAGUCCAGGAGUAUUUGUAUUUGGGUUAGCAUGUACUCUAUGAUUUCUUUUAUGAGCAGUAGCUCAGCCUUCCUUGUAUACUUGCUGCAUGUGCUGUUAGAAAGGCAUGGCUGUCCUCCAAAGAUGCCCGGCUCACCAUGCAUGGAGGGAGGAAAUGAGCAAGGAGCUGUGAGGCUUGAUCUGGGUUCCCUCUCUCUAUAUUUUGCCUCUCUGUCCCUCCACACUACCUCCUCUUAGCCUGAUUUACAUCUUUGCCUUUUAAUUUUACUUAAAGCCUUUUUGAAAGUUAUAAAAGUAGCAUAUAUUCACUACAAUUGGUGGAAUUGUAAUAUUAAAGAAAUGGUAGUCUUUCUUAUUCCACUUCCAUGGUUCUUGGAUGCCAUAGUGCCUCUCCUAGGAAAAACCUCCAGUAAACACUUCCACUCAUUUCCCAGGCUCAUGUCAAGAUGUGCCAGCAGGGUAUCCAUCCAUCCUGGGAGAUUUGCUGAAUGUCUGUGCUGUGCUAGGGGCUGGGGAUGCCUCAGGGAGCAAGAGAGACAAAAAUAUCUGCCUUCAUAGAGCUGACAGUCUAGAGGGUUGAAAUAUCUCAUGGUGAAGUGUCUAAAGUGCCAGCCAAUGGUAAGUGCUUUAGCGAAAAAUAAAUCUGGAACAGACCCCCUCCACUCUUUUGAAAUUUUAAUUGAGGGGUUGAGGGUGGGAUUGGAUGGUACUUGGUUAUAUGUCCUGUCAACUGGAGCAGGAACAGGCAGAAAAAAACAGUAGGAAAUGAAUUCACAGAAGAGGGAGGAGUUGGAGGAGGACAGAGUGGGGAGGAUCUUGUGGACUUUGUAUAGAGGUUUCUUAUUGUUUAAUGGAAAUGAGAUCUUAUUAGAAACUUUUGUCUGCAACUUAUAUUUGGCUGUUUAAUAAUCAUCACGGACAUCUCCUCAGAUCUAUAGAUAUAGGUCUUAUUCCUUUAAACAAUCAGAGAAUUUUCAUGGUGUAA